AUGACAACAACCACAUUGAAACCUAUCAUUUGUCCUUCAUUGCUAUCAAGUGAUUUUGCCUUUUUGGCUAGAGAUGCAAACCAUAUGUUGGAUUGUGGAGCUGACUGGUUGCACAUGGAUGUUAUGUUUAAGCAACUCUCAGUAACUAUUACUUACACUCCUAUCUAUCUAUCUUUUUGUUUGUUUUUUAGUCAUUUUGUACCAAACCUUACAAUAGGGGCACCAGUUAUAAAGAGUUUAAGAAAACAUACAAAGGGACAUUUAGAUUGUCAUUUAAUGGUAACCAACCCAGAGACAUUGAUCGAUGACUUUAAGAAUGCAGGUGCCGAUGGUAUUACAUUCCACAUUGAAGCUACUGCCAACAGAGCUGGUGGUGUAGACAUUACAGCCGACGUUAUUAAAAAGAUUAAAGCUGCAGGUAUGCAAUGUGGUAUCUCUAUCAAACCAAAGACACCAGUCGAUGUAUUAUUCCCAUUCCUCGAUGAUUCUGUCAACAUUGUCGACUUUAUUCUCAUUAUGACUGUUGAGCCAGGAUUUGGUGGACAGUCAUUCAUGCAAGAUAUGAUGCCCAAGGUAUCUACUCUUCGUCAACGUUAUCCAAAUCUUAAUAUCCAAGUCGAUGGUGGUAUCGAUCCAAACACCAUUGGUACCGCCGCUCAAGCCGGCGCCAAUAUUGUCGUUGCCGGUUCUUCUCUUUUCAAACCAGGUCAAGAUCCAAAAGAUACCAUUCAAUUAUUCAAAGAUACAAUCAAUAAAUACAAUCAACACUAA